AUAGAAUCUCUGUUUGUGCAUGACGUCACACAACCUGCAUCUCAGUGAGUGUUGUGAUAUGGCGAUCUCGCAUGAAGCCCAUCAGAUAAUGGCAAAACCAAUGGUUUAUCAAGGAAAUGUUGAGUAGAAAAGACGCUGGGAGGAUGAAAAAUGAAAAUCGGAAGAUAACACCACAAUUGUACUUUGCUCGGAGAUGCAAUGGAGAACUUUAGAGAUCUGAAUUCAAUUUAACACCAUCAAAAGUUGAGCAUCAUGGACCUUGCUAAUGACCCACUCUGUGAACCAUCUGCUUCUGAAGCAAAUCUGCACAAUGAGCAGCUUUCACUUUCAGACCGCCUUUCUCCUUUGGAAGCACCAUUAGAUAGUACUGUACAUGGAAUAGAGGCUACAGAGGGUACAGAACGAAACAGUGGCCUUGAGUUGAAGCUGGACCUCUAUGUCCCGGCACCACCAAUAAUAGAGCCUGUAACCCCUGUAGAGGAAACAGUGGAGCAUUGUGCACUUCCUGUAGCAACAGAAAAGGAAAGCACACAACCUGAAGCCGUUAAAGAGGGAUCAGAUAAAACUGCUAACUUUGAAGGCUUUCAUUGCAAAAAUCAGACAAGUCUGGCUGAGUCGAGUUCGAAUACUGUGACAGAAGUGGGAUGUGAGCAUUCAUCCAAUGAAACAAGCUCUUCAGACUGUACAGCUGAAAGUUGUAUGCCUGUAGAGCCCAUAAGCUCUAAUGAAACGCCAAAAAGUCAUGCCAGUAUUAAAUCAUCAAUUGGAAGUACAGUAGACAAUGCCGACAGAAAGAACAUCCCUCCAAAGAAGGACAAAUUUAACCCUUUGAGAAUUGACAUGGCCAAAGUAAUACCUCUCACCUCAUCCCAACUCUCUCUGCAGUGCCUAGAAUGUCACAUCAUCUUCAGUGACUCCAAAAGCAAAGAACGGCACCUUAAAAUGAGCCACCCUGCAGAAUAUCAGCAAUGCAUGCUGGGCGAUGCUCUCUUUACUUGCUAUGUUUGUGAUCAGCAUUUCACCACCUCCACAGAGCUCAUGGCCCAUCAACGCACACACACAGGUAACGAGCGAUUCAAGUGCCCGUUCUGUAGUGAGGCCUUCUACCGUUCCUGUGAACUAACAAGUCACAAAAAAAAAAAUCACUUCAGCAAACAUGGAUACACCUGCCCAGAGUGUGGCAAGCCUUUCAAAACCUUUACUUUGCUCAGAUACCACCAACGGGUACACACAGAGGAAAAGCCUUUUGUUUGCACACAUAAACACUGUGGUAGAAAGUUUUCUGCAUCCAAGUCUCUUCAGCACCACUUAGAAAAACAUCAGAAAGAAGAUAACCAGGAUAACAAGACUGCUUCAACUACCACAAAGAAAAAGAGGGAUAAAGGAAAAAAUGUGCGGAAAUUUCCAUGUUCACAGUGUGCUGCAGUCUUCAAGACUUCUAAAGCCCAACAACUUCACAUCAAAAAUAAACACUCUCAAGAGUCACAAAGUAGCACUGUGAUGGUGCCACAACUGAAGCCAACUGGACCUGCUCUGACACAGACGGCAAAUGGACAACCACAGACGUUGAUCAUGGAAACUGUCGGACCAGCACCACAGCAAAUGGAUAAGCUGGAUCCUGAGCAAAUAAAAAGGCUAAUUGAGAAACUUGGAAAUGUACAGAAAGUGAAUCAGUUGGUUAUAUUGCCUUUGCAGCCACAAAGCUUUGGGUCACCAUCAACAGCCAUUAAUGCAACCAUUACAUGUGAAUUUUACUCAAUCAACCAUUCAGCCAACACAAUGUGAGAAAUCUGACACAAACUCAUCAAAAACAGAGCAAAUUAAUCUUCACUUGUCUGCAGAAAUGGGAGAUUUGCAACAAAAGGAAAAUGUUCUGUUACAAGAGGAAAAAAAUAUUUCAUCAGAAAACUCAGAGAACCAAGUAAGAGCUGUUGAACUGACACAAACAGAGGUCCAAACAGAAAUGGAUGAAAUUCACCUUGAACUUAUACCAAUACAGACUGAUACUUCUGUUUUGCUGGAUCAAACAUCUUUACAGGUUGAAGCACCACAGAAUGAUUCUGUUAAUGAGAUGGCACAAAUAGCAGAGGAAUAUAUUCCAGUCACACAAGGCAUUGCAGCUUUGGAAACAAACAGUGAACUACCUUUAAUUCCUCAACCGGAAACUGCAAAGUCUCAUCAUGUGGAGGAGGACAAUGUGCCAGUUGACACCGUAGCAUUGGAGGAAACAGUUAGCCAUGUAGAGAUGCCAUGUCCUGCACAAAUACUAGAUUCAACAGAAUUGUCAGUGGAAUCUGAGUCAAUGGUGGUAAGUGAAAAGUGUGAUGUAGUCAAAUUAAGUGAACCUCAAGAACUUCAGGAAAUCCAAGCUGAAUCAGAGAAAGAACCAUCCAUCCCUGUGGAACCACAAUCUCAGCCCGAUUCUCUUAACAGUGUGCAGAAUGACGCCGUAAUUGACCUUCAACAAAGCUCUGUGCUAACACAAGACCAGACCAGAGCCAGCUUACAGGAUUUCCCUUUUGUUCAGAAGAAACUUCCAACAAAGAAAAAAAGAUCUAAGAAACAAUUGGCUGACAAAAUAGAGACUAAGGAAGCAAGUAAAGUAUGUGAUGGUCAGGUAGCAUCAACCAAGAAAGUUAAUACUUCAUCAAAAGUAAUUACUAAAAAAAGACAAAAGGCAAAGAACAAAAAGCUUGUUGUCAAAUUUGGACCAAGUGAGAAGAAAAAAUCCUCUAAAGCGAAGGUAAUAAAAACAUCAAAAACCAAACAAAACCAGAACCAGCAAAUUAGUGAUCAAGACCAAGUUUCUGUAUUGUCUCAGCAUGACAAUAAACUGGAUUUAAACCAAAAAGUGCAAAAAGAUAAAAAAGGAAAGGAGAUUGAAAGUCCUUCAGAAGCAGCAGUGAAGACAACGGGUCAGAUGACUAAUUCAUCAGACACUGUUUUGGCUGAACUAGAAGCAACACAACAAGGGAAACCCCAGAAGAGAAAAAUAAAGAAUCAAAACAAUUUGGACAAGAAGGCAAACUAUGUCCAGGAGGCUCACGAAAAUGAAACACUGGUACCUGUACAAAAGAAAAAGAAGCAGGGAAAAAAAUCCGAAGACAAAUGUCCCAAAAACCCCAAAGUUAGGAAGACCCAAAGUGAUGAUUUUAAGAAGAAUACCCACAAAUUACCCAAGCAUAAAGUUACAAAGGGAAAAUCUAGACCUGAUGUUACAGACCUGGCUCACAUAGAGAAACAAGCUUUGCUCUUACUAAAAGGCCACAAGCAGCCUCAGCUGAAGGUACACAAGUUGGAUGCUACUGAACUCGAGAAAUCACCCCCAAGCAAGUGUGAUAAGGUACUGAAAAAAACAAAAAGUGCACCAAUCAAAUCCUUGAAUAAAGCACACCAAAAGAAAUCAAAAUCAGGUGAAAAUAAUUUGUUGGAGUAUCAGGGAGAGCCCCUUUUAUUUGAAAUGCCCUCUGUUGAGAACAGCCCUGGUUCUGUGACUACAAAGCCCAAAAUUGUACGGAAACGCAAAGCUCCUACAAAGAUAGACCAGGAAAUUGCCUUGAGCCCCCCGUAUUCUCAACUUACCCUUGGGUGCCAGGACUGUGGAAAGACGUUCUCAGAAGUGUCUGCUUUACAGGAACACAUGGCAUCCUGGCACUCAGCUGGAAAGGUGCCCUUCCCAGAUGAGACAUUUGAUGUUGCUAAAAAACGACUCAUAAGACCUGGUCCUAAUGAAAAAUGUAUUUCACCUAAUGUCUUUGAAAUUCAAGUUGCAACAGAUUGGGACAUGGAGACUGAGGUGGGGGAGAUUGUGGGAGAAAGACUAUCAUUCCCAGUUAAGUCCGUCUCCUUCUUUGAAAAUUGCUUCUGGUGGUGUUGAAGGAAAGGAACAAGGAGGAGUCAAAGAUUUUGAAGGAAUUGUUUCUGGAAUUGAGCAGCCUCCUGAGCAAAAUCCUUCCCAGGCUUCAACCCCAGCCUCAGGCAAAAGUAUUGUAACCCAGGAGCACACAAAAAAUACUAGUGAGUAUGAGUCAGUAAAAGAACAGAGUAAUGGGGUCGGGUCUAUCACAGAAACAUCUUGCGCUGAACUCAAAGAUGCAGCAGAGGAAGAAAUUAAAGAAGAACUGCCUUCAGAGUUUAAUUUAGUCAUGGUUGGUGAAAAAAAUGUGGAAGAGAACCAUAACACUCAGAUGAAUAACAUUUCAGGUGACUCUCAAGAGCUUGAAAAUGAAGUGCGCAAUCUAGGUUCUCAGGCUCAAGAGUCUGCAAAAGAUGCCAGUGUAGUAAUGACUCAAAAUGUUCUUACUGAACCAGAGAUAAAGCAAGAAGAAGAGGAGGUACUUGUACGUAGAGUUGAUGAUCAUAAAAGAGUGAAGGGAGAAAAUUCUGCAACAAUAGAUGGUAAGAAGGUUGUUGG